AUGGCAGACAAAGAGGCUACAGUCUACAUCGUGGAUGUCGCGAGGUCUAUGGGAGAAAAACGCCAUGGUCGCUCCAUAACAGAUCUCGAAUGGGCCAUGCAAUAUGUCUGGGACAAAAUCACCACCACCGUUUCUACCGGUCGGAAAACGGCCAAUGUCGGAGUUAUUGCCCUGCGGGCUGAUGACACAUCGAAUGAGCUUCAAGAUGAAGACAGUUUCGCCAACAUUUCAGUAAUUUCUCCUCUCAAACAAUUUCUCAUGCCUGAUAUUCGAAAACUGCAAAAUGCAAUUCAGCCAAGCCAUACUUACAAGGGAGAUGCUAUUUCUGCUCUGGUUUUGGCCAUCCAUAUGAUCAGCACCCAUUGCCGGAAACUCAAGUACAAGCGCAAAAUCGUGCUGAUUACCAAUGGCACCGGUUUAAUUGACCCGGACAACGUGAAUGACAUCAAAGACAAGAUGAAAGAAGAUAAUAUUGAGUUAUUCAUUUUUGGUCCUGAUUUCGAUGAUGUUGAAUGGGGAGUAAAAGAAGAAGACAAGGAUGAAAGAAAGGCACUUAAUGAAAAAUUUCUUCGUGAUCUCGCCAGCGAUUGUCCCGGCGGAACCUUCGCGACCUUGGAGAAUGCUGUUGCGAAUGUGGACAUUCCUGAAACCAAAGACGUUAGGAUUGUUCCCACAUUCAAAGGAUUCCUCACUCUUGGUGACCCAGGGAAAUACGAAACAGCGUUACGAAUUCCAGUUGAGCGCUGCUACAAAACUUCCGUCGCCAAACCUCCCUCGGCAAGUUCAUUCGUUCCGCAAUCUGGCACAAAGGCCGGUCAAGAUGGCGGCCCUUCAGCCACACAAGAAGCCGGUCAAGCCGAUUCAAUGACUAGCGUUCGAAUGUCGCGAACAUAUCAGAUUGACGACGAGUCAGCCCCAGGGGGCAAGGUAGAUGUUGAGCGCGAUGAUUUAGCAAAGGGCUAUGAGUAUGGACGGACGGCUGUGCAUAUCAGUGAAGCAGAUGAGAAUAUCACCUCACUGACUACCUACGCCGGCCUGGAUAUCAUUGGCUUCAUUGACCAAAACAAAUACGAUCGCUAUUUACAAAUCUCCCAAGUCAGCUUUAUCACCGCAUCCAAAGGAAACAAAAAAGGCUCCCUUGCGUUGUCCUCUUUAAUCCAUGCACUUUAUGAGGCAGAGGACUACGCAGUGGCUCGGCUAGUGAUUAAGGAAGCCAAGCCGCCAAUUCUUGUGCUUCUGGCGCCCUACAUGGCACACGAUUUUGAAUGUCUUUUGGAAGCCCCGCUGCCAUAUACAGAGGAUCUGCGAACAUACCGAUUUCCAAGUCUAGACAAGGUUGCCACCGUAUCAGGCAAAAUUGUCACCGAGCAUCGCAAUCUUCCAACCGCCAGUCUACAAGAGAGCAUGGACCAGUUUGUGGAUAGCAUGGAGCUGAAUAUCAAAGACGACGACGGAGACACCAUGGACGAAUUACCAAUCGACUUCUCCUACUCCCCGGUACUACACCGUAUUCAGUCGGCAAUAAAAUGGCGAGCAGUGCACCCCGAAGAUCCUAUCCAGGAACCAUCUGCAACGCUCACUAGAUUCUCCCACCCGGAGGAAGAUCUAGUGAACAAGUCAAAACAAAAACUAGAGAACCUUAUCGCUGCAGCGGAUGUCAAGAAAGUCCCACCCAAAACCAAAGGCCGCAAACGCAACCGUGAAGCCGAGAAGCCACUCUCCGGUCUGGACGUCGAUGCCCUCCUCAACCUUGAACCUAAGCGAGCCAAAAUCUCGCCCGAAAACGCAAUUCCAGAGUUCAAACAGUUUCUCUCUCGUGCUGAUAAUGUCGAGACUAUAGACGAUGCUGCCAAGCAGAUGAGCGAUAUCAUUGAGAACCAGAUCAAGCACAGUCUAGGCGAUGCAAACUAUGAGCGCGUUGUCGAGGGACUGGGGACUAUGCGAGAGGAGUUGGUGGAAUAUGAAGAGCCUGCCUUGUACAAUGAGCUUGUGCGAGAUCUAAAAGAGAAGAUCCUAGGCGAGAAGCUCGGUGGGGAUCGAAAGGAGCUUUGGUGGCUUAUUCGAAAGGGUAAGCUGGGACUUAUCGAUCAGGAUAUAUCAGAGAGGUCGGAGGUUUUAGCGGACGAGGCAGCUGCAUUCCUUGUUCCAUCUUAA